AUGUCCUCCGCAAACCAGCCAGCCAAGGACUGUCCACCGCCAGCCUCCCCGGCGGUGUCGACGAACGAGCGGCGAGCCUCCUUCCUCUCCUCGCUGUUCUCGAUCCCGAGCACAGCAGCGCCGCCGAGCCCGUCGACCAGCACGCUUAGCGGCUCCCCCGCCUCCUCCAUCGCCUCCCCCGUCGACCCCAAGUUCAGCCCCAUCGACUGGAACCACCCCGCCGGAUCACCCCACUCCCGCCAGACCAGCCUCUCCGACUCCCUCUCCGGCCUCACCAGCUCCUUCAGAUGGCCCGGCUCGGCCACCGCCACCGCCGUCCAGCCCAUCCAGAUCCCCAACUCCUCCCCCUCCCUCACCCACACCCCCGCCGGCCCCGGGCCCACCUCGAUGAGCGGCGCGAGUGCGCCCACCAGACGGACCAGCGUCGGCGGACCCGCCUUCAGACGCGCCUUCGAGCUGCCCACCUACACCAACACCUACAGCCCCAUCGACCCCUCCCCUGCCGAUGAUAAGCCCGCCCAAUCCGAGGCCAAUCGCCGGGGCAGAUCGGGCUCCCUGUUCAGCUCGUUCGGCGGCGGCGACGCUAGCAAACGCGCCGCCGGGCCCCCCAGGAGGAAGCUUAGCCCCAUGGGCGAGAGGGUCCAUGAUCCGCGACCAUCCUUUCUGAGCGCUUCAAGCCCGACACCUGUCCUCCCCCACAAGAAACAAACGACCGAAUCAGCGACGAAAUACAUCCACUUUCCUUCCCCACCGUUAUCCCCAGAAAACCCCCCGCCCUCGCCCGACCCCACACACACAUACAUCUCUGCUCUCCAGAACUACCUCGCUCCAUCUCUGCCCUCCUUCGCCUGCCCCGAGAACAAAACCGCGCCCAAGAUCAAAAGAAGACACCCUGCGGAUUGCGUGCAGGUCCUCAGAAAAUAUCCGCUCACCGUCCUCCUCUUGGGGUCCUCUAGCCUGUCCACCAACCCCGCCCGGCCUGGAAAUCUUCUCCCCCUCCUCCCCAACCUCGCCCUGCGCGCCCCCUUCUUUGUUCUUCCUUCUUUCUAUUGGCGCCUUCUGCCCCCAUUCCAUCCAUAG